AUGGACGACCAUAUCUAUUCGCUGCUAGCGUGAUCGUGCAAAAUCGGCUAAAUACUGAGGCCACAAUAAUUGCUACCAAACAUGACUCCAUUAAUUUUAAAUCAGACAGCAGGCUCAAUCAACCAAUGACGUCGUUGGUUGAGCUCUCCCGGCGUGAAAGUUAAAAAAUACAGCUAAAUGCAUAAUUAUGCCAGAAACACCCUCUCGUCACUCAUAAUGAUGUAGGGAGACUGGGGAAACACCCCAAAUAGUGUCUAGCGGUGAAAUUUCCCUUUAACACACAUGUUAAAGAAUGGAGGCGCAGAUGAAUUCAUCUUUGAAAAGGACAAGAACCUACAACACAAGGCCAAAUCUACACUGGAGUUGCUUACCAAGACAGUGAAUGUUCCUGAGUGGCCGAGUUACAGUUUAGACCAGGGGUGUCAAACGUACGGCCCGCGGGCCGGAUCAGGCCCGCAAACGGGUUUAAUCCGGCCCGCUAGUUGAUAAAAAAAAGAAAAAAAAGUAUAAAAAUGCGCUGCAUUUUUUCAAUUAAAUAAAUUGCUGUUCCAAUUGCGUACACUGGAUGGCGCAAUAGCAAUUGUGUUAAGCAAGCAAACUGUUUAUACCGGGGCAGAGCAAGUAGGUCAAGCACGUGCAGCCAAUGAGCUACUUUGUUUUGCCCGCAAUAUUUAUUACGGCUUCUACUUUUAACAUUAUGUGCUUUGGCACCCUCAUUGCCCCAAUAUGUCUCUGUCAAAAAAGAGAAAAGUGGACGCAGAGUGCAGAGUGUUCCAAGAAAAAUGGUCAUCCUAUUUAAUCACGGAAUUGAAUGGGAAAGCUGUAUGUUUGGUGUGUUCAGAGCAUGUUGCAGUGCUGAAAGAAUAUAACCUUCGUCGCCACUAUGUGAGUCUUCAUGCCGACAAAUAUGACAACUUUCAAGGACAGCGGAGAUGAGAGAAGGUGAAUGAACUGUUGGUGGGUCUGAAGAAACAGCAGUCUGUGUUUACUCACAGCCGAGACAUCAGUGACGCUGCAGUGAAAGCUAGCUACCUCAUUGCUAAUGAAAUCGCAGUGGCUUCAAAACCAUUUAGUGAGGGUGAAUUUGUAAAAACAUGCAUGAUGAAGGCAGCGGAGAUUGUGUGCCCUGAAAAGCGGCAGGCUUUUGCAAAUAUCAGCCUGACAAGAAACACAGUUGCAGACAGGAUUUCCGAUCUUUCAGUGGAUUUGGACAGCCAGUUGAAGCAAAAAGUAAAGUCAUUUAUUGCGUUUUCGGUUGCAAUUGAUGAAAGCACGGACAUUACAGAUGUUGAACUUGACGUGUUUUAUGAUUAAUAGUGAUGUUGUGCUUGUAUUAUUUUGGACACACUGUCCUCAGGCUCCAGCUUUAUGUUGUAUGUUGAUCGUAUUAAAACAAAGAAAAGUUGUUGUUUUUAAGUUAUAUAUACCAUGAUUUUUCCGGUCCGGCCCACUUGGGAAUAGAUUUUCCUCCAUGUGGCCCCUGAGCUAAAAUGAGUUUGACACCCCUGGUUUAGACUGAAAUCUGCUAGAAAAUAUAUGGCAAGACCUGACACUGUGACAGAGCUUGAAGAAUAAAAAGAAAAAGAAUAAUGGAAAAAAAUAUUGCACAAUCCAGGUGUGCAAAGCUCUUAGAGACUUACCCAGAAAUACUCACAGCUAUAAUCGCUGCCAAAGGUGUUUCUAACAUGUAUUGACUCAGGGGGGUGAAUAUUUACCUCAUCAAGCUAUUAGCUAAAUGUUCGAAUUUUUUCUUUCACUUUGACAUUAAAGAGUAUUUAGUGUAGCUCGUUGACAGAAAAUAACAUCCAUUUUAAUCCCCAACAAGAAAACAACAACAAAUUGUCGCUUAAACAGAAGGGGAAACUAACAAAGAGUCCCUAACAACAACCAAAACGAAACAGGUGGGUUUUCGAAGGGGUUCUCAAAAACACCUACGGGGGGUGUCCACUGAAACAGGACAAAUUGGGUCCUACAAGACACCCACCAAGUGCCCAAGAAAAGGUCAACGCAAAAUAUAGACCCACACCACCCUAUAAUAUGGAGUAUGAAGACCCACACCACCCUAUAAUAUGGAGUAUGAGGACAGGCACCACCCUAUAAUAUGGAGUAUGAAGACCCACACCACCCUAUAAUAUGGAGUAUGAGGAUCCACACCACCCUAUAAUAUGGAGUAUGAGGACCCACACCACCCUAUAAUAUGGAGUAUGAGGAUCCACACCACCCUAUAAUAUGGAGUAUGAGGAUCCACACCACCCUAUAAUAUGGAGUAUGAGAACCCACACCACCCUAUAAUAUGGAGUAUGAGGACCCACACCACCCUAUAAUAUGGAGUAUGAAGACCCACACCACCCUAUAAUAUGGAGUAUGAAGACCCACACCACCCUAUAAUAUGGAGUAUGAGGACCCACACCACCCUAUAAUAUGGAGUAUGAAGACCCACACCACCCUAUAAUAUGGAGUAUGAGGAUCCACACCACCCCAUAAUAUGGAGUAUGAAGAAAGGGCAAACUAAAUGAGAUAGAAUAAAAUGAUUUUUAUUCCCAAACAAGGUGAUGAGAGCAGAGAGGGUGGAGGAGUGAUGAGAGCUGGUUAAGUCCUAAGUGUAACUCUGUUUGUAGUGAUGUAGGACAGGGAAGGAGAGGGAAGGAGAGAGAGAGGGAAUGAGAGAGAGAGGGAAGGAGAAAGAGAAAGAGAGAGGGAAUGAGAGAGAGAGAGAUAGAGAGACGAGAGAGAGAGAGAGGGAAGGAGAGAGAAGAGACGGAGAGGAGAGGGAAGGAGUGCGAAAAGUGGAUAGACGAGAGAGAGAGAGAUAUAGAAGAGAGAGAGAUAGAGAGCUGCAGAGCCUCAAAUAAUCGAUAGCUCGAGCUUAGCUCUUAUCUGAGGAGAGAGACGAUAGUCUCUCGCCUUCUCUCUGACCUUGAGAGAGCGAGAGAGGGGUAACCAGAAAACGUUUGACCCACCCCAAGAGCCACCUCAGGAAAACUGUGACACGUUCACAUAGAAAACCAUUAUAGUCCAGAUCUUCUUCAUGAGGCUUAAUGAUCCCUCAACAACUCUGGAUGAAAGAGAGAGGGAUGGAGAGGAGAGAGAGAAGAUUUUGAGAGACAGACAAGAGAAGUAGAACAUAGAAAGAAACAGAGAGAGAGAUGGAUGGAGAGAGAGAAGGAUUUGAGAGAGAGAGGAAGAGAGAGAGAUGGAUGGAGGGAGAAGGAUUUCAGAUAGAGAGGAAGAGACAGAGAAAGAAAGAGAGAGAGAGUUGCUGGGUAGAAAGGUGCAUCUUGAGAAGGCAGAGAUUAAAUGACCAAAUAAAUGACUACAGCGUGUGUGCAUGCGUGUGUGUGCUUGUAUGUGUGUUUGCAUUCCAGUGUGUGAGUGUGUGUGUGUGUGUGUGUGUGUGUCUACACGUGUCGUGUGGAUGUGCAUCUGUGUGUGUGUGUGUGUCAGUGGCGGUUGGUGACGUUUAAGAUGAGGGAGGACGAAUAUAUAUUUUCUAUCAGCAUGGCCUUAUUUCUAUUACAGCAUAAUGGAUGGCUGUCAUUCAUAUUCCAUUCACCCAGCUCAAUGUAACAUCCAUAGGUCUAGGCUGCUACAUGAUACUCAAAUGUUUCCCUCUACCCAUCAUGAGGUUGCUACAACCUAGCCUAUGAAAGAGAGAAAAAUGUGACUAAUCAAGGUGACAGAAAGUGACACAUUCAAUACCCUUCCACACUCUUGCCUGCAUCUAGCUGAUCUAGGGGGUAAUCAUUAGUCCAACAGUUGCAAACGAGAGUUUCUAUUGGACAAAUUCAGGUAUAUUUAUCCCUGUGUCAUUCCGUUUGCUUCCAUUUAAGAAAUGUUUUUCAACAGAAUCGGCAGAAUGAAUACACCCCUGAUCACACGCAAACACAGCUCACGUUUCAUAGCAGCCACAUACAAACAGCAUGAUCAUUUUGUUCGUUGUAUAAUUCCUUCUCGCAUCUACGCGCUCUCAUCCUCUCACCUUUUCCCUUCGCUUGUGGACUUCAGUGCUCAACACAUCAGCUGUCUGUAACCAGGCAAAAAACAUUUUCCAAUCCAAACCUUAAUAUAACCGCUAACCGCUACACACAGCCUACAUCGUUGUCACCGUAUUAGCUAACAUCAUAGUCAACAUAGCUACUAGAACUAACGCGUUAGUAAACCCGCUACAAUUAUGCAGUCAGCAAGCAGUUUUGCAGUUACACCGGCGGGCCCCGAUGGCAAUAAAUUAAUAAAACCGAAAGCUUACCUUGACUUGGAAGAGUUGGAUAGCCAUAGCCAGCUGGCUAACAUAGCAUCCCUCUCUGUUUGAGCCGGGUGUUUGAGUAGGCUAAUACAGUGAAAUAUAGCUCUCUCUCUCUCUCUCUCUCUCUCUCUCUCUCUCUCUCUCUCUCUCUCUCUCCUCUCUCUCUCUCUCUCUCUCUCUCUCUCUCUCUCUCCUCUCUUCUCUCUCUCUCUCUCGAGAUAGAGAGGAGAUCUCUCUCUCUCUCUCCUCUCUCUCUCCCCACUCGUCCCCCCUAUCUCUCUAUCUCCUCUCAGCUUCUUUUCUGAUCUCUCUCUUCCUCCUUCCUCCAUAAUUUUUUAAGAAGUUAAUUUGUUCAAAACUGCUCAACUAUUGUCUUUCUCUCUCUUUGAGACAACCUCUCACCACACUGAAGUGCUAGCUAGCUGUAGCUUAUGCUUUCAGUACUGUAUUAAUUAUCUGAUCCUUUGAUUGAGUGGAUAACAUGUCAGUUCACGCUGCAAGAGCUCUGAUAGGUUGGAGGACGUCCUCCGGAAGUUGUCAUAAUUACUGUGUAAGUCUGUGGAUGGGGGUGAGAACCAUGAGCCUCCUAGGUUUUGUAUUGAAGUCAAUGUACCCAGAGGAGGACGCAAACUAGCUGUCCUCCGGCUACACCAUGGUGCUACCCUACAGAGCGCUGUUGAGGCUACCUUCAUUGCAAAACAGUGUGUUUUAAUCAAUUAUUUGGUGACAUGUUAAUAUAUUUAGUAUUGUUUUAUGUUUUAUUAUUUUUAUGAAAUUCACUGAGGAGGAUGGUCCUCCCCUUCUUCCUCUGAGGAGCCUCCACUGGUGUGUGUGUGUGUGUGUGUGUGUGUCUUUGUCUGCGUGUAUAUGCCAGUAUCUGUGUUUAUGAUGUGUAGAAUACCACAGUCAUUACCACAGAAUCAAUGGCUAGGUAAUUAGCAGCCUUUGACAGUAGAAUAUAUAACAAGUAUGACUGUAUCACAGAAUCAAUGGCUAGGUAAUUAGCAGCCUUGACAGUAGAAUAUAUAACAAGUAUGACUGUAUCACAGAAUCAAUGGCUAGGUAAUUAGCAGCCUUUGACAGUAGAAUAUAUAACAAGUAUGACUGUAUCAAAGCAUUAAUCUAUUAGAAUUAACACAUUAAACUAGCUGCACCUUUUAUACAGCAGGCUCCUGUUGUAAUAUCCUUCCCUGGAUUAGAUACAGCGCUGUGGGGACUAAUGCCUUGUUCACACUGCAGGCCUCAAUGCUCAAAUCAGUUUAGUUUUUCAAAUCCGUUUUGGAAAUACUGACUGUCCAAACAGAAAGUUACAAGUGACCAAAUCAGAUUUGUUUUGUGUUCAGACAGCAGUCAUUUGCUGACAUGGCUACGCUAGUUGCCAUAGUAAUGACGGGUGUGUGAGCAGUGUGUAGGCUGAUUGGUGGUGGUGCUCGCGCCUCCUGUCACUCAGAAGUUGUGUAGCAAGCUAAGGUGACAACAACGUCUGCCAUGGACGUUUCGCAGAUUUUUAAAUGUUCAAAAUCAUAGUAAGAACACUUUUAAAGCCUCAAAGGAUAAGCUGAUCCAACUUUUGUAAACAAUUAACAAGCUAGUUGGCUACCACAUGUUCUUGUCAAACUGUCAACAGAGUAGCUAGCAAGCAACAAGAUUAGCCAAAUAACAGUCUAAAAACCACUUGAGGGCAAAUAAAUCAGAUCUGACGGUUUGAAGUAACAUAAUAAUAACAUGGCCAGGAAUCCAAUUUUUAUCUGAUUUCAAAUCACCUUCAAAUGUGGUUUGAAAAAUUCGAUUCAAUGUGCUUUUUGGCGGUUCAGACUGCAGGAAAAAGAACUGAUUCGAAACAGAUGUGCAAAAAAAUAGGAUUUGAGUCACUUCAAACUGCCAGUGUGCACAAGGCUUAAUUGACUUUAAUCAUAUGGCAGCCAUUGCCCAUUGACUAACGUUUGUUUACACAAUAGCCGUCUAGGGUAGAAUUGUUUACUGUCUAUGACUUGUUUAUGACCUGUUUAUGACCUGUCUAUGACCUGUUUAUGACCUGUCUAUGACCUGUUUAUGACCUGUUUAUGACCUGUCUAUGACCUGUCUAUGACCUGUUUAUGACCUGUCUAUGACCUGUCUAUGACCUGUUUAUGACCUGUCUAUGACCUGUCUAUGACCUGUUUAUGACCUGUCUAUGACCUGUCUAUGACCUGUCUAUGACCUGUUUAUGACCUGUCUAUGACCUGUCUAUGACCUGUCUUUGACCUGUCUAUGACCUGUUUAUGACCUGUCUAUCUUCUCGUUCUCUUCCCUCGCUCCUUGUCUCCUGAUUCCUCUUCCUCGAUUAUUUUAUUUUCUUUGCCUCUUCCACGUGCCUCUCUCUCUCUCUCUCUCUAUCUCUCUCUCUCUCUCUCUCCUCUCUCUCUCUCUGUCUCUCUCUCUCUCUCUCUCUCUCUCUCUCUCUGUCUCUGUCUCUCUUUGUUUUCCACUUAUUUCCACUGUUUUCCGGCUGGCCAGAGAAGGGAAGAUUGUGGUUCUGUCUUUGGCUAUUGGUUUGGCUGAGCAAGAUGACUUUGCCAAUAUCCCUGAUCCAAUCACCUCCAUGCAGGAAGCACCACCAGCCAAUCAGGAAGCACUUCCUCCUCCACCUGACAAGAGGUACCAGUCACAGUGUGAGAGAGGUGUUUAUGUGUGA